AUCCGAGCUUUGCGGCAGAAACUGCUCUCCAUACAACAACAGCCUCACAAAGGUCAAGUCCUAAGAGCAUCUACUAUAUUUAAAGAAACUCUAGAUUGAUAUCUGAUAUCUUCUCGGAUCGCUACACCGAACACGAGCCGUCCCGCCAUGGUCUAUUGCGCCUCGUCCUCGAACCACCCAAUGACGUAGCAUCCACUCACGACCCAACUCACCACCACCAGCUGCAUCCAAGCUCAUCCUCGACUUUAAGAGCCACAGCCUAGUAUGGGAGGACGUCUGUCAGUACCGCGCUCCGCAGACGGCAUCUCCGAAGUCCCCGGCGUCCCCGGAGGAGCUAAGAAGGUAGCACGAAGGAGUCUCAUCAAUGGACGUACUCUCGUAGCACCUCUGGCCGCGCUGACAAUGGCCGGCCUUCUCUUCGUCUAUUCCCGUACCUCGAUCCGCGCCGCAAAACUCAAUGCACAGAAGCAUCGUGAAGCCGAUGGAGGACAGAUCAGCUGGUAUCGUGAAUCAAGGCGGCGGCAUGGGCAGUUGGAGAAGGUUGAUGAUACCGGAAUACUGAAGGAAGCGCUGUUUGCGAAGGAAAAACCUGAUAAGCCUGUUGAGGAAGGCAAGGUUAAGAGGACGUCGGAGAAUGAGGAGACUUUGAGGAAGAUCCUAAAGAGGGAUGAUUAGGAGUCGGAGGAUUCUGGAGAUAGCGACAAUUGAUAGCGCUCAGCUACGAUUUGAAGGAUAUCGAAGGUAGGGUGGUAUUCUGAAGA